AUAUUAUAUGGGUCUAGUUCAUGAACUUUGACAUAAAAGUAAUUAUCAGUGAAUAUCCUGCAUGAGUGUCAGGAUACAUGAGCAAGGUCACUUGGGACAAUCAUGUUUGGAAAUAUUUAUUCUAUUGCCAUAAUAACUUUAAGUUUAUGGAUCUACAGUGUAGUUCAUGAAACAAGGAUAUGUGGAUAAUCAAGUAUCACUGAUCAUCUUGCACUGUCUUAGGUCAAAUGACCAAGGUCAUAGGUCAUUUAGGGUCAAUGGACAUAGUAUUUUAUUAUCAUACAACUGGUGUUGUUUAAACAUUUAGUUGUUUUCAAAGUCAGCACUGCUGCAAUAUUGAAUCAUGUACAUAUUGCAGGCGAGACUGUCAGAGGCAUUCUACUUGUUGAAAUGACAGCAUAACUUAGAAAGUAUAUAGACCUAGUUCGUGAAACUUAGCCAUAAUAAGGUUAAUCAAGUAUUACUGAACAUCCCACCCGAGUUUCAGGUCACAUGAUCAAGGUCAAAGGUCAUUUAAGGUCAAUGAACAUUGGCCAAGUUGGGGGUAUUUGUUGAAUCACCAUCAUAACUUUGAAAGUUUAUAGAUAUAGUUUAUAAAAUGUGGAUAUAGGGGUAAUCAACUAUCACUGACAAGUCUUGGUCGCAUGAUCAAGGUCAAAUGUCAUUUAUUGUCAAUGAUCGUAGUAUGGUAUCAUUAUAUGAAUGGUGUUUUUUGUAAAUAAUUAUUUCAUAGUAGUUUUCAAAGUUAGCACUGCUGCUAUAUUGAAUCGCGCGAUGCAGGUAAGACUGCCAGAGGCGCUACACUUGUUCUGUGAUUGCUUUAGUUGCAUCUUCUCUAUAAUAAAUUAUGAUAAAGUGCAUUAGACUAUACAAUCAAACCUUCCUUGGUGAUCACCUUUAGAGCAGGAAUGCCUGUCUAUACAGACCACAACUUAAGUUUCCAUUUUGGAUACCUUUUCCCCCAUAGAAACAUGUAUUAAAGGUGUCCGUAAACAUCCCUUAGUUGGUGUUUCCUAAAACCAUUCAUAAAGUACAAAUGACUUGGGCUUGGCAUACAACUGGUGACCCUUUCUUGUGCUGCAAGAUAGUUUGUAAAAUUGUGUUUAAAGUUGUGUGUAAAAUCGUGCAUAAAGUCAUUUGUAAUGAUUAAAAUCAUACAAACAGCUAUAUGAAUUACCCACCUUUGUUCUCCCCUAGGCAAUCUUUAUAGAAAAGUCUAACUAAAUUUGUUAUUAUAAUUAUUCGGUUUCGUUAAUCGUAAGGUCAGAGGUCAUGUUGCGGAGGACACCAUGAUGAUUGACAAGGCCAUCUACCCUAACCCUCAAGAAGACCUGAAGCACAUGAUGAAGGUUGAUAACGGCGACUGCCCACCUGGUACCAAGCUCCUCAGUGCUCUGACUAGACUGAAAGUCAUAGAGAGAGGGAAAUAUGACAAGGAACCUGCUACUAAGCUCUUAUUACAACUACACACAGGACGGAGGCAUCAACUCCGCGUCCAUUGUCAGAGCAUCAGCCAUCCUAUUGUUGGGGACUACACCUAUAGCAUGAGGAAAGAUGUGAGUCCCUACCGUAUGAUGCUACUUGCCCAUAAACUGCACAUAUCGCUUCCAGGUGAAGACAUCGAUGUGACGGCAGAAGACGUGUUCACACCGGACAAAGAUCCCAAAUGGAUCCCAUACCACGAUGAUAGGUAGCAUAUGCAUGGGUGUGGUAGAAGGCAUGUUCAUACCAGACAAGGAUCCCAGAUGGAUCCCAAGAUGAUAUGUAGCAUAUGAAUACAUAUGGUAGUAGCAGUGUUCACACCAUACAAUAUACCAAGUGUAUCCCAUACAAUGAUGAGAGUGUAUGAAUUGGAAUGGCAGAAGAUGUGUUCCCAUUUUACAAAUGGUUAGUGAAAACCAAUGCUAUACCAAGAUGAUAGGUCAUGUGAGAAUAAUCGUAUUGAUCUUAUACUCUACAUCUUUAAAGGCAUUUUUAUUUUGAGAAUAAGAUUUCUUCAUAUUUACAUAUAUUGAUUAUGUUAUGCAGUACUUUAGUUCUUAAGGUGAUUUCAGAGUUAUACUUGAAAAGUACCAAUGAUUGUUGAUCAGUUAAGCACACAUAUUCAUCAAACCAGUUCAUCCUAGUCUAUCCUGCCUCAACAAGACAUCAAUUUUCAGUUCUCUCAACAUUCAAUCUGUCCCUUCCUCUCAACAUUCAAUCUGUCCCUUCCUCCCUUUCCAAAUAUACUCGUGGGUGGGGGAGUGGCUUACAUGAUGGGGUUCAGUGUCUUCUUUCGGUUUAGAUCUCCACUUUGGUGAAUGAUUUGAUAAAAAGUUUACAAAAAAUGAAAUAUUUUUCUUAAAAUUGAUGAAAAAUACAAACUAAGAAAAACCAAAUGUGCCUUGACAGAAUUUGCAGUAUUUUCCCCAAAGCUCUUCAAAAUACCUUAGUCAUGUUAUUUAUUGAACAUUUUCAUUUUUUUGGCCAAUUUUGUGCACUUGGAAAAGUUUGUAUUAUCAUCCUUUACCCCAUUAUAUACUUUAUUUUCCCUUUUUGAUGAUGUGGUAGUGAUUAGCGUCUUGUGCGACCAGGCCAACAAAAUAUGAUCUCUCCAUAUGGCUUCUUAGCUUGGCCACUCCGUUUCAUUCACUUUGAAGUUCUUUCUGUCCAUAAUAACCACUGAUCCUAGCAACUGCUUUGGUGCAAUGCUUGUUCGUGCCAUUUCCAAAUUUCAUCAGCUUGUUUGGGAAUUUUAACUGGCCAUUUUCAGUGACCUGAACAGUGAUAUUUCUUUGUUUUGGAGACGUUACAUCUCUGUAGAUAGCUGUAUGAAAUACACAAAACGUGCACCCUUUAAUUAUCAUCACUCUCUCUUUGUUGAUACUAUUUCUAAAGAUAUGAUAUGAUAGCGUCCAUAGAUGCUGCGAUGUGAUAAGGGCUAGAUACAUGUAUAUAAGUGGAUUAUUGGGCUUUCGCUAGAUCGCUAUCGAGUAACUUUAGAUUUUGUAUUGUUUAUUUGGCAAAAGUAAUGUUAUGGCCUUGUGCCAAACAACCAAGGAUUAAUCCAAUCAUGUACCUUUAUUUCGUGACUUGGAGUAAGCCACGCCUCCUCUCCUCCCUUGAUGCCCUCCACACUCUCCUCGACGGGCGAAUCUAGGUCUGCCUCCCAAUUAUCAUUUGGUUCUGGCAUUGGUCCACCUAAUGAUUGAAAAAAAAAAAAAAAUCAAAAUACAAAUGCUUACAUUCAAAUAUGGACUUUUUUCUUUCUGUAUCUUAGCCUUCAAAAUAUCCCUCAGCUGCCCUGCAGAUUCAGAUUCUGCGAAGAAAUGGAUGUUGGCUGCCAAUAAAACCCAAGUGAAAGCCCAAAUCGAAAACCAGAAAUAAGUUGCACAGUAUAUUUUCGUUUAGCAUACAUUUUCAGAAAAUUUGAUUAAAUCAGCGUCUGGGCCAGGCUCCCGCCUGCUGCUAGAGGCAUAGUUUGGUGUGACGCAGGAGUUUGAACCAAGUGAAGUCGCUGCAAAAUUUCUGCAUCUGUGAAAAAAACAGCAAUACGGAUAAAGAAUUCCAUGGCUCGAGAUAAUUUUCUGACCGUGUUUCUUAUCAAUUCAUGAAGACUAAUACAGGAUCAAUCGCAUUAAAAUGAGAUGAUGGAAAACCAGGAAAUUUGUGAUUCAUUCUCCCCUGAUUGUAUUAAAAGAUUUGUUGUGGAUGCAGAUCAACAGCAAGUGCUACUGCAUCUUUACUAUUCACCUUGUGCCUGGAUGAAGCUUGGACUUUCCUUCCUGGUACUUCCUUGUCAUUCUCCUAUAGAAGUCCAUAGACCUUCUACAAUGAUCUGCUUAUUCUCUGCAGAUUCUUCUGUGACAACUUCCCACGAAGACCUUGGCAACUUUCCUUAAAUACCCUGUUGUGAUGUUCCAUUAGCCUGUCUACCUCAAUGUUGCCAUCAGGUCUGCCACUUACAUUGGCACAUCUAUUCCAAACCAACUUGUAGGACAACCUGGGUGACAAGAAAACGUGAACUUGGGCCAACAAUCGUAGAAUAUGGAAGCUGUAUUUGGGCUUCUUUGCUGCCUUACAAUGUAGCAGUAAAAACUUGUAGAGCCUCAGUUUACACUCCCCUUCUCCACUUUGACCUUCAUCUUUGAAAUCUAUGGCUAGCAGGCCCAUGCUGAGUGCCACUCAAGAGUAGUGGAAGACCCCAUCUUCUGAACUUGUGGAGGAUGGUUGGAUGGGUUCAGGAUGUGGAUGUUUUUCCUGUAUAAUGUUUCUGUAGGUUUUUCCCGGAAGCAUAGGUCUUGUUGCAUUGCUGGCAAGAGAAGUCCUCCUUGAAGCAUACAUUGUGAUAAAUAGCAUAUGUGUCGACAAAUUGUCCCAUGACACUGUUGGCAUAGUUCUUGUACAAGUCCAUAACCUUUGUUUGAUGUUCCUUCAGUUGUGCAGGGUAUUUAUAGAAGUAUGUUUCUGCUUAAGUAACUGUUAUGAAUAACUGAUUUUUUUCCUUAUCCCAAUGAAUAUUAGUUGAAAUAGUGAUUUGACCUGAUUGUUAAAUUUCAAUAAAAAUUUGCUCCUCCAAGAAUUAAAAAGAAAAUCCCACAGACUCGACAAAUUAUUCUGAUUACAAUAUAUGUGUUGGAAAAGAAAAAAAAAGAUAAUGCAAUUUCUUCCUACACAGGUGGCCACAGUUUUCCUGACAUUUGUCUGGAAGAAUCUCCCAGGGAGAUUUUGGGAAGCCCACAUCUGUGCCAUCCUUUGUCCAGGGUUGGAUAGAGUUGACCCAUUUUUGAGUCCCUUCUAGUCCUUGCCUGGAAUCUUGGUGUCAUUCUUCUGAAUUCCUUAUAAACCUCAAUUAGUGACUUCCCAUAUUCAUUGAGCAGGAUGUGGACAUAUUAUGUUGAAAAUGUUUUGUGCUCUUCGAUCUGUUAAAUAUAAGCAAGUCAUUCAUAUGUUAGCAAAAAAAAUAUAUAAAUCUUUCAGGUCAUUGGAUCAAGAUCAAUGUUAAAAAAUGGAAUAAAAUGGAUAUUUGUCAUAAUCGGAAGUUAGUGAUCAU